AAUGCCCGUCAAAAAAUCUCAAUCAGCUUGGUAUUUGGAUUGGAUUAAACGUAUUAAUGGAGACUCGAUUUACAUGACUGAUGGAAGGAUUAUUUUUUGUAGGGCUUGUAUGCAACAUGUGCCUUCAGCCAAAUUUUUCCAAUUAAAUCAACACAACCAAACAACUAAACAUCGUUUAAAUUUGGAAAGGUUGGCCAAUGAAGGCAGUAACGACAAUCAAAAUUUUAUGGAGCAAGGGACUAGUUGUGGUUCUAAUGAGCUUAAUAUGGAUUUUGUUGGAGAACAACCGUGA